AUGGCGGACGAGACGAAGACGGGCAAGACGGACCGCUCGAAAACCCCUGUGUUGGAGCUGCCUCCGGGAGACCGCACGUCGGGAAGAACGACGUCACCUGCCCGGUUUCCGACGGAGCUCGCGCUCAAGGUGCAGACGCAGAUGGGCCGGAUUGCUGCACUCAGGGAGUUCACCGAAUCCCUGCCGGAUGUCCCAGCGGAGACAUCAAACGAGGAGGUCUCGCAGAUCCAGAACCUGAUCGAGGAGACUCACAAGGCGUUCGUAAAGGAGCACGCCUAUUUCGAGGUAUCAUGGCCUACGACGCUUACUCACCAUGAGUACUUCACCGAGAACGCUCACCAGGCUGAGUUGCGAUGCUACAUGCAGGCGCGACGAGUCAUCGGCGUGCUUCGUCACGCAUUGGCAGCUCAGCCCGCUCAACAACAGACUAGCUCAUCGGCCGGCGAGGCUCGGCAGACGCUCUCACGCUUGCCGGACAUCUCACUCCCCAAGUUUACGGGGGAGUAUGCCGCGUGGCCUGCUUUCAGAGAUCUCUUCACCAGCCUGAUCAUGCAGAACGAGCAGCUCACGAACGUCGAGCGACUUCACUACCUCCGUUCGUCGGUGGAAGGCGCGCCAGCCCAGCUGAUCGCAGGAUUUCUCAUGUCCGGAGACUCACUCAUGCCGUCCUGGGAGUUACUCAAGGAGCGCUCAACCCCGGUGCCAAGGAAGGCGGCGUCCUUGGAUCGGCUGGUUUCGGGAGUCACGGAGGCGCUCAAGGGACUGGAGGCCCUCGAGGUUACGGACAAGCUCGGGGAUUGCGCAGUAGUCUAUCAUGUCACGCGACUCCUGGAUCGCGUGACACACGAGCAGUGGGAGAGCUCUAUUGGCGCUACGCGUGACUACCCCACGUUCGAGAAGCUCAAGGAGUUUUUGACGACGAAAAUACGGGCUCUCGAGCGGAUAGAAUCAUCGACAGCUCAUCCUGGUCCCCGCGGAGCAUCCUCACCACCGAAGAAGACGACAGCUCACCAGGCUACUCCUCAGUCUGCUCAUCAGGUCGAUACAUCAUACCCGUGCGACUGCUGCGGAGCGCAGCAUUUCAUAGUGAUGUGUAGCAAAUUCCGGGCGCUACCACCAUCCGAGCGGCACACGGUGGCGAUACAGAAGCGGUUGUGCUUCAAUUGCCUGGGGCGUCAUGGUGUGCGCGCAUGUAAGUCUCAACGAGGCUGUAAGACCUGCUCGGGCCGGCACCAUACAAUGCUGCACGGUACACAGACAGCCUCAUCGGCAGCUCAGAAGUCCGCCUUGGCAUUGGUCAACUCAUCGUCAGCACAUCACUCAGCGCGUCUGCUCAUCGACUCAGGAUCCGAACUCUCCUUCGUCACGGAGAAUCUCAUUCGGCAGCUCAACAUCCCUCGUCAAUACUCAGGUAUUCUCAUCACUGGAAUUGCAGGCAAGGAGUGUACUCGGACACGAGGAGUCGUGUCACUCACGUUACGCUCGACACAUUCCAACGCAGCUGCCACAAUUCAAGCUCAUGUCCUGCGGACAGUUACAUCAAUCUUACCAUCGUUCGAGGCGGAACCGGAAGAAUGGCCGCAUCUCAAGGACUUGGCAUUAGCCGAUCCUGAUUUUCUCAUCCCGCGGCCAGUUGACAUCCUCAUCGGCGCAGACGCUUACGGGCAAAUCAUCAAGCCCAAUAUCAUUCGGCAUUCUCCACUCAUGCCGAUAGCGCAACUCUCCAUUUUCGGAUGGCUCGUUCUUGGACCAGUCAAUAGGGAAGCAACACGUACAUCAACGCACCAUGCUUCUACUCAAGUCAACGAGGAUGCUCUCAACGAGGUACUGACAAAAUUCUGGGUUCAAGAGGAGGUGCCUGCUCACGAUGUCAACCAACUCACUCCUGACGAGCAGAGGUGCGAAGAGCACUUCAAGGCCACACACUCUCGUGACUCUUCAGGGAGGUACGUCGUCAGGAUUCCGCUCAAAUCACCAGUAUAUCUUCUGGGUGAUUCGUACCACGUCGCCCAUCAGUGCCUCAAGGGACUACGCAGACGAUUCUCAAGGGAUGUGAACUAUCAACGUCUCUAUCAACAAUUUAUGAUGGAUUACGAGACACUCAACCACAUGACGAAGGCAUCAUCCAUCUCCAGUCGUCGCUCACACUUCUACCUGCCACAUCACGGUGUUCUCAAGCCUGACAGUACAACAACAAAGCUGCGAGUCGUAUUUAAUGGCUCCAGCGCAUCCACCUCGGGCUACUCGGUUAACGACCUCAUGUAUACUGGAGCGAAAUUGCAUCUGAAUAUCUCAGAUGUUCUCCUCUGGAUACGAAGACAUCGACACAUUUUCGCUACGGACAUCACCAAGAUGUACAGGCAGAUCAAAAUUCACAAGGAUGACUGGGAGUUGCAACGGAUACUCUGGAUGGACGAUCAACUCAAUGAAGUGCCAUAUCAUCUGACAACCGUCACCUACGGGACAAAGGCCGCGCC